CUCACUAUAGCGAAAAGGCUCAGUCCAUGGAGAAAGUCCACUCCUGAAUCCAAAAAAAAAACAAGACUAUAGAUGGCAAAACCAAAAACACCAGUUCAUUUCUUCUCUCAUGGCUCGACCAUGAUGCUGGGAGAGGAGAGCAAGUCAGCUGACUACUGGAAAAUUGCUGGCGAUGCCGCUCUUGCGCACAAAGUCAAAGGAAUUGUUAUUAUGGGGGCGCAUUGGGACUGCAGAACCGAUCAUGGUGUAGAGGUUUCUAUGACUCCGAAUCCUAAGAAACAGCCAGUUGCAAAUGUUGCCCCCCAUAAGUACAAAGACUACAAGUUGAACGCAGACUUGGAAACGCCAAAAUGUUGCAUUCAGAUGCUAAGAGACGCGGGUAUCAACGCGUCGCCGAACGAGAAUUUGGAAUGGAUUCACGACGUGUUUCUGAUCAUGAUACGCAUGUUCCCUGAUCCUGCGACCAUGCCACCAACGACGAUCAUAUCAACUAACGGUAGAUACGAUCCUCAUUUUCAUGUGAGAGUUGGAGCAGCUCUGAGACCACUUCGAGCGGAGAACUAUUUGCUCAUCGGCAGUGGCGGAGCUGUACACAAUCUGUAUCGCAAUGUGUGGUAUCCAAUGCUUCUGUACAAGGACAACUUUGCUCAACCUACGCCCCCGGAGCCAUGGGCAAUGGAAUUCAGACAAGCUUUCCAGGACGUCGUUGAAAAGAACUCAGGACCGGCGCUGCGAAGGGGUUUGACAAGGCUGAUGAAACAUCCUCAGUACCGCGAUGCACACGCGACGGACGACCACUACAUGGCCGCCUUGUUCGUUGCAGGCGCUGUUGGAGACGAAGAAGACACUGGAGUAACGGGACAACUGAAAGCAGAAGACUGGGAGUUGACAAACAUGUGUAACUCUCAAUAUACGUGGGGGAAAUAUAUAGAUACACCUGCAUAGUCAUUAUGCCCUAAAACUAGUAAUGAGUGAAGGGUUGAUUGACACAAUCUGUAUAAUACACCCAAUCGCCAAUCAAGGCACUUUGCUGCGAUACGAUAGGACAAAGAUAUGUGGUGCCUCUAUGUCGUGUCUCCUC